UGCAGCAGCUGCACAUGUUCUCACCUCCACACGUCAACCUGGCCAGCCUCGUACCUGCACUCUGCGAGAUCUUGUUGGAUUAUUCUUUGUUGGCCCACCUGUGCAGCUCUUACCUGUGUCUGCGCCGGGCCGUGGUGGCGUGUCUGCGGCAGCUGGUUCAGCGGGAGGCGCUGGAGGUUUCUGAACACGCUGUGACGCUGGUCAAAGAGCUGCCCAGACGAGACAACACACAGCUGGGUCAGCAGCUAAAGCUUAAUACAUUCAUUACAUUAUAUUAUCAU